AUGUCUGUUCAACCACACCUGCGCAAGCUUCGCAAGCUCAAGCGGGCCAACCCCUCGCCGGAUGAGGACAGCGUUGCCAAGGUCCUGUUUGAGCUGGAGGCGACCCACAAGACGCUCCGCACGCAGCUUCCGCGUUUCCACAUCAACACUGUCCGCACUCUGACGAGCCCGCGCUUCCGAAAGACGGCGAUGGUUGUUCUCUACCCACUGCGGUUCCUGAUGCUGGUGCGCAAGAUCCAGCGUACACUGACGGCGGAGCUUGAGAAACGCUUUCCCGGCAGCGUUGUGGCGCUUGUGGCGCAGCGCAAGAUCACGAAGCGCCCGAACGACGUUUACAAGCUGCAGAAGGUGCAACGCUCCCGCACGAGCGUGGCAGUGUUUGAGAACAUCUUGAACGACCUGAUCUACCCGUGCGACGUCGUGGGCCGCCGCUGGCGCUGCCGCACGGACGGCAGCAAGGUGAUGAAGGUGUUUCUCGACUCACGUGACCGCAAGCGUGUGGAGUCACGCCUGCCACUCAUCGCGCACAUCUACAAGCAGCUGACACACCGCGCCGUGAGCUUUGGCUUCAUGUGGAACUCGAAGCUUCAGCAGGUUUCCUCGCGGUAG